ACAUUGUUUUAAUUGCCUUGUUGCCUAACUCCACACAUAUAUUGCAACCCAUGGAUGUGGCAGUUUUUCACAGCCUCAAAAAUGCGUGGAGGAAAAAAGUCCAUGACUGGCGAAUGCAAAAUAAUGGUCGACGUUUAAAGCGUUGCGAAUUUGGUCCACUGUUAGAAGACUGCAUUUUAGUUUCUUUAAAACCUGAAACUAUACAACAUGGAUUUCGUGCUUGUGGAUUAUUUCCUUUCAAUCCGGAUGCCGUAAAUUAUAGCAAGCUCAUAAAAUCGUCGAGUUCUAAUAACACCACUAAUGUCAACACUCCAUCUACCAACUUCCCGAUACAAUCCUCCCCAGGAACUUCAACCACCAAGAAUUCGGACCAAAUAGUCAAAUACUUAGAGGAGUGGGCAGGUAGUGAGAAAAUACGUAAAUUUAAAAAAUGCGAUGGGGAUUGGAUAGGAGAUGUAAAGGAUACAAAUUUGUAUCUUUUUUGGAAAACAGUCAACAGCAGUGUAACGACAAGUGAAAAUACAAACGAUAAUAAUUUUGAUUUGGGCAACUCAACGCUGGAAGCAAACUUUGUGGAUAACCUGUCUGACAUUAAUGUGGAUUGGUCUGCCGUCAACGAUGAGGAUUUUAUACAGUUUGACGUACAAAAGGAUGGCUUUUUGGAAUAUUCUUCCCAGGUUAAUAAUUUAACAACAAAGAUUGGUUCAACACCAGACUCACAACAACAAUCGGUGACACUAUCUGAUAACCUACUAAUACCUGAAGAUCUUACAAGACGUAUCCAAAACUGAAACCACACUUAGUAAGAAUAACUGCGACAUGGAAGAAGGAGUAAUACCUGAAAAUAUUGCAAGCGAAAGACAUUUCACACCAGAAAAAACUAAAAUCACAAUUAGUGAGAAUAACUGCGACAUGGAAGAAGGAGUAAUACCUGAAAAUAUUACAAGCGAAAGACAUUUCACACCAGAAAGAACUAAAACCACACUUAGUAAGAAUAACUGCGACAUGGAAGAAGGAGUAAUACCUGAAAAUAUUACAAGCGAAAGACAUUUCACACCAGAAAAAAGUGAAACUAUAGCAGUUCAGUCCUAUCAACAAACAAUUAGGACACAAAAUGAUUCCAAGUCAGAAUUUUCUACACCGUUUAAAAAUGCAUUCUAUUGGCCAGAAACUGCCUCUACUAGCCAAAAUAAAAAAACGGUCAAGAGAAAAAUAACUCCAGCAGUAGCGGCGUGUUCAGAAUACAUAGAGUACCAAAGACGUGUAGAACAAGAAAAGAAAAGUAAACUGGAAAAAGCAGCAUUGAGGAAGAUGGAGAAAGAAAACCGACUAAUAAAUGAAAAUAAAAAGAAAACUAAAAGCGCAAAACAAAAGAAACUGUCCAAUAAUGGAAAAAGAAAAAAGAACAAGAAGCAGGAGAAAAGAAUUUAUCCGAUCAAGAAAAUAAAGAUGAUAACUGCGAAACAAAAAAUCACACUCUAACCUCUUCCUAAGGCAAUCCAGAUAGGAGAUUACGUAGUGAUUUCAUACGAAGGUGAAAGGUUUCCAGGAAUUGUAAAGGCAGUUAUUAACAAAAAUCCAAAACAAUACGAGGUCAAAACAAUGACAUAUAGUGGAACCAAUUGGCGCUGGCCUGAUAAGGACGAUAUACUAAUUUACAACUCUGAGGAUGUCUUGAAGAAAAUAAAAUGCCCUAUACCAGUCAACAAAAGGGGUAUAUUUUCUGUUCCGGAUUUUAAUGAUGCCGAUAAUUAGUUUCUAUUGUGGAUUUCCAAACUGUUGAAUUUUAAUUUUUUUUUAAUAUGUUUUUCAGUAACAUCCUUGUGACUAAUUUCAACUAACAAGGUUUCUCUUGUAAUGACAUGAAAACUGCUGCCAGUAACCUCUUAACACAUCAUGCUAGAACUGACAGUAAUCUGAAGCAGUAUAUAACUUCAACUACCAAUGUGAACACUGGAGGACAACGUAUUAUAUGUAUCAUUUGCAAGAAACCAUUUUCAAGCAGUUCUCGUUUAGAACUACAUAUGCGGAUACACACUGCGAAAAAUCCUUUUGCAUGUGAACUUUGCACCAAACAUUUUUCAACCAAGGGUAAUUUAAAAGCACAUAUGACAGUGCAUACGGGUGAAAAACUAUUUGAAUGUGAAAUAUGCGCCAAACAAUAUUUAUCAAAGCGGAAUUUAAAAGCACAUAUGACAGUGCAUCCUGGUGAAAAAACAUUUGAAUGUGCAAUUUGCACCAAACAUUUUUCAACGAAACGACUUUUAAAAGUGCAUUUAAGAGUGCAUACUGGUGAAAAACCAUUUGAAUGUGAAAUUUGCACCAAACACUUUUCAACCAAAAGCGUUUUACAAUCGCAUAUGACACUGCAUUCUGGCGAAAAGUCAUUUAAAUGUGAAAUUUGCACCAAACAGUUUUCAACGAAGCAAGUUUUAAAAUCACAUAUGAUAGUGCAUACUGGUGAAAGAUCAUUUGCUUGUGAAAUUUGUACCAAACAGUUUUUAAAAAAGGGUAAUUUAAUAUCACAUAUAAGAGUGCAUACUGGUGAAAAACCAUUUGAAUGUAAAACUUGCACCAAACAAUUUUCAAGAAAGAGUAAUUUAAUAGCACAUAUUACCCUGCACACUGGUAAAAAACCAUUUGAAUGUGAAAUCUGCACCAAACAGUUUUUAACGAAACAAAAUUUAAAUACGCAUAUGAGAGUGCAUACGGGCAAGAGACCAUUUGAAUGUGAAAUUUGCAAAAAACAUUUUUCAAGGAAAGACGGUUUAAAAUCUCAUAUGACAGUGCACCCUGGUGAAAAAUCAUUUAAAUGUGAAAUCUGCACCAAGCAGUUUUCAAAUAAAGUACUUUUAAAAUCGCAUAUUAGAGUUCAUACUGGUGAAAAACCAUUUGAAUGUGAAAUUUGCAAUAAACAGUUUUCAAGAAAAUAUGUUUUGAAAUUGCAUAUGAGAGUGCAUACUGGUGAAAAACCAUUUGAAUGCGAAAUGUGCAAAAAACAGUUUUCAACGAAACCACUUUUGCAAUCGCAUAUGACAGUGCAUCAUGGUGAAAAAUCAUUUGAAUGUGAAAUUUGCACCAAACAAUUUUCAAAGAAACUACUUUUAAAAUCGCAUAUCAGAGUGCAUACUGCUGAAAAGCCAUUUAAAUGUGAAGUAUGCAAUAAACAGUUUUCAACGAAACGCGUUUUGAAAUCGCAUAUGAGACUGCACUGGUGAAAAACCAUUUUGAUGUGAAAUUUUCACCAAACAGUUUUCAACGAAACACGUUUUACAAUCGCAUAUGACAGUUCAUCCUGACAAGAAAUCAUUUAAAUGUGAAAUCUGUACCAAACAGCUUUCAACGAAACAAGUUUAAAAUCACAUAAUAAUAUGAUCGUGCAUAAGUGCAUAAUUAGUGUAACCAACUACUCUGAAAAAUCCGGGACAUGGCCCGAAUUAGGAAAUUGUGUUCCGGCGUCCCGGGCACGGCAUCCGGGCCAUCCGAAUUUUGAACGUUUUGGUAAAAUUUUAUUUUUAAAUUUUGAAUACAGUAUUCUUCUAAGAAUUCAAAUCAAAAUGAAUUGGUGGAACGACAAAACUCGACAAUUUCUAGAGUGUAAUAUUAAUACCAUAUCCAAAAGGCAUGCAUUUUAUAUCGUAUUUCGUAUUAUAGUUGUACAAAAACUAUGUGGACUUUUUUCACAAUUAUGUUUUUGAUGCGAUUAAGCCACAAUUGGCUUUAAUGAUUAUUACAUUUUCAUAUUAACCUAAAGUUAUAUUUGCAUGUAAAUCCAACAUCAGUUGAUUCUCUAAUAUUUCCUUUUUUGAGAACGAUUUCCGGAUUGGAAGUCGAAACGUCAAAAACUAACAAAAAUGUAAUUACCAUUACAACCAAUUGUGGCUGAAUCUCAUCAAAAAAUUCAUUAUCAACAUCUUCUUUCUCGAAACUCCUUAUGCCCCUCAGGGGCGUCGGAGGUUUUAUUCCUCGUCUAUACACCUCUUCCAUUUCUUGCGGUCCUUUGCUAUCUCUUUCAUUUGCUGACGUGUUUUUUCCUUUUUCAUGUCCAAUUUCUUUAAUCUGAUCGAUCCAUCUUUUCCUUUGUCUCCCUUUCCUUCUUUUACCAUAUGUAUUUUUGACUCCAUCACCUGUCUUUUUACAUUGUCAACAUAAAAAUGUUAAAUAAAUAAUUAAUAAAAUAAUGAUAUUAAAGUUCUAUAUUUAAAAAAAA